UCUCUUCCCCUCGCGAGCGCCACCACCAUUCGAAAACACAAGGAAGAACCCCUCGGGCCUCACUACCCCACCCCACUGCAGACGAGUUCACCCCCCAACCCCAACCCGGCCUUCCUCUCCCACGCUCCAUCUUCUCUUCUCUUCUCUCCCAGCGGACACACGGCAGUCGGUCGGCUCGUCGGGAUCGGUGCUGGUUCGGGCCUUCUUGGACCAGGGACGAUGGUGGCGACGGCGACGGCGACGGCGAGGGAGCUGGUCCCGGCGGUAGCGGAGGGCGCGCCGUGGAAUCACGGGACGGUGAAAGACAUCGACGUGGCCGCCCGGCGGGCCCAGGAGGCAGCAAAUAGACGGUAUGAUGCAGCCAGUUGGUUGCGAAGAACAGUCGGGAUCGUGUGUGCAAGGGACCUGCCAGAAGAGCCCUCUGAGGAGGAAUUCCGGCUUGGGCUGAGAAAUGGAAUUGUCCUUUGCAAUGCACUGAACAAGGUUCAGCCGGGGGCCAUACCUAAGGUCGUGGAAGCCUGCACAGAUACCGUUAUACCUGCUGAUGGCUCAGCUCUGUGUGCAUAUCAGUACUUUGAGAAUUUGCGCAACUUCCUUGUCAGCGUACAAGAUAUAGGGCUCCCUACAUUUGAGCUGUCUGACUUGGAGAAGGGUGGCAAGGGUGUUCGAGUUGUCGAUUGCAUUCUUGCUCUGAAGUCAUUCAGUGAAAGUAAGACAACAGGGAGACAGACUCCAUGUAAAUAUGGCAGCAUUACAAAGCCUUCGACGUCUGGCAAGCAUUUCAUACUCAAGAAUUCUGAUGCUUUUAUGAAUAAGUUAAUGAGAAGCCACACAACAGAGCCAAUCCAGAAAGUUUUAAUAGCAGAGCAAAGCAUAACUGAUUGUUGUCUGGAAUCCACCGAGAUGACUAAUUCAGAAUCCCUUAACAUGCUUGUGCGUACGCUACUCUUGGAUAAGAAACCAGAAGAAGUCCCAUUGAUUGUUGAGUCACUCCUGAUUAAAGUUAUUCAGGAAUAUGAGUGUCGAGCUGCAAACAAGCACUUGGUGAAUUGCAUAGGUGACCUUAAAGGAACCGACCUAUUUUCCAGACCAGAGAAACCAUUGCCAGAAAAAACUUCCACCAGUAAUCAAGUUAAGAUGGGUGAAGAGGAGCCAAAUCUCUUAAAGGUGACGGAAGAGGUCAGCUCUGUAGUUCGGAAUGAUGAUUGUGUAGCUGAACAGUUCCAACCAGGGGUGGAAAUAACUAUUGAACUACAACAGAAACAUAUCCAGGAAUUAAGAAAUUCCCUUUCUUCUGUCAAGUCUGGAAUGGAACAAUUGAGAAUACAGUACUCUGAAGAUUUUACUAAAAUUGGUAGGCAGCUGUAUAUCCUCUCUAACGCGGCUUCUGGCUAUCAUAAAGUUCUUGAGGAUAACCGCAAGUUGUACAACCAAAUACAGGAUCUUAAAGGAAAUAUUAGAGUAUAUUGUCGAGUGAGGCCUUUUCUACCUGGACAAGCAAAUUCCUCCAACACUGUUGCUGGCAUGGAAGAAAGAACAAUCACAAUAAUCACUCCCACAAAAUAUGGAAAAGAUGGAAGCAAAUCUUUUACUUUCAACAAGGUCUUUGGCCCAGCAGCCACUCAAGAGGAAGUCUUUUCGGAUAUGCAACCAUUGAUCCGUUCGGUUCUUGAUGGUUUCAAUGUUUGCAUAUUUGCUUAUGGCCAGACUGGAUCAGGGAAGACCUAUACAAUGAGUGGACCUAAUGUACUGAGCAAGGAAAGCGUUGGUGUCAACUACAGAGCACUAAAUGACUUAUUUAAUCUUCAAGCACAGAGAAAGGGGACAAUCAAUUACGAAAUUUCUGUGCAGAUGAUUGAGAUCUACAACGAGCAAGUGAGAGAUCUCCUUCAGGAUAGUGGAAACAGAAGAUUAGAAAUAAGAAAUACUUCACAGAAAGGGCUUGCAGUUCCAGAUGCGAGCAUAGUUCCUGUCACAUCGACCUCUGAUGUUGCUGAACUUAUGAAUCAAGGCCAAAAGAAUCGUGUGGUAGGUUCAACAGCCAUUAACGACCGAAGCAGCCGCUCUCAUAGUUGCCUGACUGUUCAUGUUCAAGGACGUGACCUAACAUCUGGGACAAUCUUGAGAGGUUGCAUGCAUCUUGUUGAUUUAGCCGGUAGUGAAAGAGUUGAUAAAUCUGAGGUUGUAGGAGAUAGACUGAAGGAAGCACUGUACAUAAACAAGUCACUUUCAGCACUCGGAGAUGUGAUUGCAUCCCUUGCCCAGAAAAACUCUCAUGUCCCUUACCGCAACAGCAAGCUUACCCAGCUUUUGCAAGAUUCUCUAGGAGGACAAGCAAAAACAUUGAUGUUUGUGCACAUAAGCCCUGAACCAGACGCUGUUAAUGAGACAAUAAGCACCUUGAAAUUUGCUGAACGAGUUGCCUCUGUUGAGUUGGGCGCAGCAAAAGCGAAUAAAGAAGGUGGUGAGGUUAGGGAGUUGAAAGAACAGAUUGCUUGCCUCAAGGCAGCACUGGCUAAGAAGGAAGGAGAACCAGAGAACAUUCAGAGCACACAGUCAAGCCCAAACAUAUACGGAAUCAACAAAAGCAAUGCAACACCUGUAUUCCGAAAAAACAGGCAGCCUAUGGAAGACGUUGGAAACCUAGAGGUCCGGAACAAUGUCACUCCGAUGCAAAAAGCGCUAAAGUUUGAUAUUCCUGGCUCUGGCAUCCUCGUCGAGCAUAAGUCGCCUAACUCGGUCAAGAAUUGCUGGGUUGAUAAUGCAGCUGUUGGUGACAACCAAUUCGAGAAUAGCAAUUCUGUUCGAGAGCAGGAGCCUGACCUCACCACUCACACCCUGCUUCCGAAUUUGUUCUAUCAAAGAUACACUCCGGGGCCGCAAAGGGGUAGGGUUGAGUCAGUACCAAGCCAGGAGUCAGACGAAUUUAAUGGUGUUACCAACAGCUGUUCCUCGGACCAAGACAUGGUGAUGUCAGCCAGUGGCCAGAAAGUAGUUGGCAUUACCAAUGGAGGCGUUUCAAAUAAAAAGAAGCCUCGGGCAAAGAAUGAAAAUAAUAUGACAACGAGGAGUACAAAUCCAACAUGCAAGUCACCACCCCAAUCGCAGAAAAGACUACAAACACCAGUCAGGAGCUCUGUGCAAAAAACACCUACCAAGAAUGGCAAACAACUUUUGAGUGGUACAGAUGGAAGAACUCCAAGUGGAAAGACUAACACUGUAAAGUAAUGAAUCAAUGUGAAGGUGGUUUUUUCUGCCAUCAUCCUCACCCGUGCAUGGCAUUCUGCUGGCAAAUCAGAGCAACAAAGAGCUUUUCAAAAGAAGUGUCUUCUUGAAGCUCCUUGGAAGGAUCAACAGUGUGGAGUGAUUUACAUCCACUGGAUGGAUCAUUUUAUUACAUUGAAUAUAGAUGGAAGAUCUUCAAGAGGACAGAAAGAAGAUAAACAUGAAGGGAAUUUCAUAUUUGGGAUGUGUACGUCUUCCACACUAGAAAUUACUGUUGUACCAAUUGUUCAUGAGCGCUGCACCUUGUAAGUAGUUGCUUCUAAUAGACAGGCCAUGUUUAUAGCAUUUUUAUUACUUGAUCUCUUCUAUAGCAAGUAUCGAGCUAAGCAGACAACUUUUCCACGGCAUUUAAUAAAAGCACCUCACUUCAUUUUAAAAGGAUCGUCUCAAA